GAUACCCAUGCAUGCAAGGAUCCCGGAUCCCAACACACCCAACACACCCACACACAACACAUACAAUACACACACACUCGAUACCCGAUUGGAGACAACAACAUUCAAUACCAAACCAUCUUCACGAUGAGUCACCCCUACGCUGCUCGUAUCGACUUGACUUUUCCAGACAAUGAAUUAGCCGAAAAAGCUAUUCAGGUUCUACAAGUAGACAAAGAACCAGGAGAUCGAGUCGUCAAGGCAUUCUCCAUUGUUCAGGAAGAGUCCGUGGCUGUUCUCCGUGUUGAACUCAAGGCCACCGAAGCUAAAAUGCUACGCGUUGCAGUGUCUUCUUUUUAUGAUUUUGUGCAGGUUGUGUUGAAAACCAUGCAAGAAUUUGAUCCAGCCUCCUGAUACUCUCUACUGGCUAGUAGGCAAGGCUAUUCAGCAACUGCCAGUUCUAUUCCACCGCUCGAUUCUGACAUGGAUGACAAUUGGCAGCUCCCCUUUCUACACACGGUCUGAACCCUCGCAUUGCAAAAAUUUUGUGGUCCAAACAAGCAAGAAGCUUCUGCCUGGCCUAGCUAGCUGGUAAGCAGAGGCUGAGAUUCUGGCACUUUCCGAAAUUGAAUCGGUGGGAUAAUGGCCGCCAUGAGAACCAAAGAGCUUCAUCCUGGUUGUUUCCUUGGUAGGCGGACUUAGCGGUGUUUACUCCAGAAUAGUACAGACGGCAGCUACUAGUAAGCUGUGGUGGCGGUUUGAUCUGUCAUUUCUUUCCACACAGAUAUGUUUUUUUUACACAGUGACAUAGCAACAGCAUCUGCACACAAUUAGUCCAAAGAUGCAAAUUUCUUGGCUUCAGCCAAUUUAGUUCGCUCAAACCGUCAGGC